AUGGCCAUCGCAGCGGUAAUCACCUCCACGUCGUCGACCAAGCGCAAGGCGAGUCCUGGCGCGGCCGACGGCGACACGGAGCGCAGAAAGCGCAGGGUUUGGUCCGCCAACAAGCCGAAUUCGACCUCGGACGGUCUUCUGACGCCCGCCGUCUGCGAUUUCAAUACGCUGUCGCUGGGAUCGCCCGUGCCCUUUUCAAAGAACGGCGCUCUGGCCCCAGUCGCUCAGAUGGAGCUCUACUACCCCCUUCCCAUCGACUGUCCUAGCCAGAACUCCGUCACAGCGGACGCCUCGGUGGGCCACCACAACGACAGCGACCUUUUUGUUCCCCAAAACGACGAUUGUGUCGUCAUUGACGUCGGCGACGACGGCUACAAGAUGCCGCCCGACCUGGAGCGCGAGCUGUUCGGCCCUCCCGUCGAGGAGCUUCUGCGUAUGGAUGCGGAGGCGGCUGCGUCGUCGCAGCCUGUCCAACUCUGA